AACAAUGCAAGUUUGGUAUAUUUUCCUUUGAGAUAUGGUAAAGCAGAAAUCCAAUAAGGAUUCCUUAAUGGAGAGGCUUAUGCUAUCGUAUACCAAAAAAAUGAACAUGACACAUGCUUUUAAACAAGGGAAAGAAGAUACCUAACCUUCCCCAUCAAUCAGACUCCAGGAACCCAAUCCUUCUACCCAUUAAUUCACCUAAUGUUCUUUCUACUCCUGCUAGAUUAUUGCCAAUUAUUCCACCUUCAAUGGAUGCACACCAUAAGGGCCAGAAAGUCCAAGCCCCCAAACUCCACACCCCAAAAGGAACCCACCCCUUGUUGUGGUGCCUCGCCCUCGUUUGCUCUGUCCUCGCUGUAGCAGUAAUCAUCGCUGGUAUCGUCGUGUUCGUUGGAUACUUAGUUUAUCACCCAAGAAUUCCCAUCAUUAGUGUUGUUGGUGCUCACCUGAACCUCUUCCAAUACGACUUAGCUGGUGUCCUCGUAACGCAAGUAAACAUCGUCGUCAGGACGGAAAACGACAACACUAGAGCCCAUGCUAGCCUUUCGGACAUGAAGCUGACGCUCAUUUUUGACGGCAUAGAGAUAGCAAAACUGAUGGCGGAAGCCUACGAGGUGAGGAAGAAUAGCUCGGUGGAUUUUAACUUUUUGGCUACUUCUGCGCCUAUACCUUUGAAUCCUCAGCAAAUGAAGGACGUAGAUGUGUUCUUGAAUGAAGAUGAAGUUAGAUUUGAUCUGAAAGGGAAUGUAAGGGCUAGAUGGAGAGUCGGGCUUCUUGGGUCUAUUAAGUUUCAGUGCCAUUUGAAUUGUCAGCUCAGUUUCCAUAGAUCCAGUGGAGAUUACAUACCAGUUCGAUGCACCUCCAAGGCUAAAUGAUCAAGAUGAUUAAUUAAUCUUUCCUUUUCUUCUUGAUUAUUUUUCUUUUAGAUCUGCACAGGUUAUGUAUUAAUGGUUAGUUUUCUCCUUUCUGGAGAUAAUUAAUUUCUUGAUAUACCUGUGCCCAUAA